UUUGUUUUGGAUUGGGUGUCAAUGAAUUUAGAAAUGCUCACUCCAGUCAGUAUUAGUUACAGUCAAUUUCCUUGGACUAGUAGGUCUAAUUUUUUGUUUGUUUACUUGUCUUAUCUGCCUCCUGAAAUUUUCUAUGCUCAUCCCUGAUGUCUGAGGAAGUUUAAAGUUUUUAGAGGCACUAGUUACCAGCCAAAGUCUUGAAGCUAUGACAGUGCAUAUGCUGCUGAGGAGUUCUGAACCACCUAGCAGGUCAGACAUUUCUGAUGAAGAACAAUCAGUAGUGUAUGUUCCAGGAAUUUCUACAGAAGGAAAUAUCAGGUCAAGACACAAGAUGCUGAAUCCAAAAGCUGAUGUUAAAGUCAAGACCUCCAGGGUGACUGCUACUCCAGUCUCCAUGGAGUCUUUAAAAGGUGCAGGAGAUUCAGUUGAUGAACAGAGUUUCUGCAGGGGAGAAAUAAAGAGUGCAUCACUGAAGGAUUUGUGUCUUGAAGACAAAAGACGCAUUGCAAACUUAAUUAAAGAACUGGCCAGAGUAAGUGAGGAAAAGGAAGUCACAGAAGAAAGACUCAAAGCUGAGCAGGAAUCAUUUGAGAAGAAGAUCAGGCAGUUGGAAGAACAGAAUGAAUUGAUCAUCAAAGAAAGGGAAGCUCUUCAGUUACAAUAUAAAGAAUGCCAAGAACUUCUAAGUCUCUAUCAGAAGUAUCUGUCAGAACAACAGGAGAAGCUCACUAUGUCUGUCUCAGAACUUGGUGCUGCUAAAAUGCAGGAACAACAGGUAUCCAAUAGGAAAAGCAUUCUCCCGUCUGCAUCUGUGGAACUGGAUGGUUCCUACUUAAGUGUAGCCAAACCACAGAUCCACACUCAAACCAAGCAGAGGCCUAAGUCUGCAAAUCAGGACUCCGCUUUGGACUCCCUUGUGGAAUUUAGGAAUAAUUCUUUGAAACCAGCAACCCUUCAUUAUUCCAAAGAAGAUAUGAGCAAGGUGCCCUCAGAGACCAGAGCAUGUAAUUACAGAUCCCCAGGGAAAAAGCUAGUAGACGCAGUCCCAACAGAGAAAGCCCCUCCCAAAGAACUGAAGAUGAAGGAAUGCCAGCACCUUCAGGCUCCUCCGUCUAGUCAGUGUUGUGGCCAUGGACUUUCUGAAAAUGCAGAUCAUGUUCACGAGAACCAUCCAACAAACAUGGGCCCUCAGCAUUCCAAGACACAGCUGGACUCAUGCAGGUUUUGUGGGCUUUCCUGGGCGUCUCUGAUGCAUGGCCAUGGGGCACUGCCACCUAAUGAAAAUGAUGUCAGAAAGCAGCUCUCGGAAGAUAGGAGGCAGCAACUUAUGCUUCAGAAAAUGGAGCUGGAAAUUGAAAAGGAGCGCCUUCAGCAUCUGUUGGCCCAGCAGGAGACAAAACUUCUCCUGAAACAGCAGCAGCUUCAUCAGUCUCGACUGGACUAUAACUGGUUAAGGACUCAAGCUGUAUUUAAGUCAAGAGAACUGAUUGCUAAUAAAGAAAUUACUAAACCUCGAGAGCUCAGUCUGGAUAUGAAUGGGAGUGGCUCUGGACCAAGUUUAUUGAAGUCAGAGUGUGAUGACUGGACACUUGGAACAUCACCAUCCAGCAAAAAGUGCCAAGACUCCACUAACAGUGGAGGAAGUAGAAGGGAUAAGAAGACAGUUGGGUUUCAAUCGCAGAUGGAAGAUGAUGCCCUGUGGACCAGUCAGAAGAAAGAUGCAUGUCGACCCCAAAGAGGGACAGUGGCAGAAUUUCGAAAAGAUGCGUCCACGUCUCCUAUGACAACAGGGAGCCAGAAGGAGCUUGUGAUCCCAGCUACGUCAUCCUCCCAACAUGACAGCUCCCGGUAUGAGACGUCUCUGUUGGAUUUGGUUCAAUCUCUGAGUCCAAAGACUGCUUCCAAACCGCGGCCCCAUCGCUCCAGAGAAGCUGGGUCAUGGAAUCACAGUACUUGCCGACUCAGUCCUCUGAAAUCAACCUGGAACAAGACCAGGGCUGGCAGCACCCCUGAAGACCUGGAGGAGAAUCAGAUUCUAGAAGAUAUCUUUUUCAUUUGACGCUGAAGCAUGUGCUGCAGAAUUUCCAUCAGAAAUGAGUGGGUGUUUUUAUUUACCGAUAUAGGAUUUUAAAUUAUUUAACUGUAAUUGUGUCUCUCCUUUCACACGGACCUAUCUCACUAGUAUCCUGUUGUGUAUGGAAUUUAGAAAUCAUUCUAACAACCCAGGGUGUUUCUGAUUAGACCAGUCAGUAGGUAACACAUUAAGGGUGGGUGAGGGUAGAGGGCAGUAGCCUUUCUGUGCUAAGCAGAGAUUAGAAAAUUAACAAAGGACACAUACUGCAUGGCAGAGGCCAUUGUUUACUCAGCCUCCUUCAAGAGUGUUUCCUUUUCAGUAUUUUGCUGGAAAUGUUGGGCUGUGUUUUAUACACAGGGAAAACCUUUCCACUGAAAGAUACCUCUGGUUUCAACAUAGCCCCUUUGUAACAUAAACAGUUUUGAAAACGUAGACCCUUUUACCUCUCCACCCUGUUUUCUUACCACCUACCUCUUUGCAAUGCAGUCAGUUAAUUCUGAAGUUGGAGUCGGUGCCCUUCCCAUCACAAGCAACACUGAGGGCCAAUCGUGAGUCAGCCUCUGCAGUCAUCAGCCUUGGCAGCUGCCCGCUCCAUACCCUAGAGUGCUUAAUGAGCUAGAGAGAUCCACCCCCCACGCCCCAGCCCUUGGAAACUGGAAUUAGAUUACAUAAGAGAGUGCUACCCCAGUGGAGUUGCCGGCCAAAAUGCAUGUCCUCCCAUCUCCUUGGGUAAGUUAGAGCAGUCUCUCGGUAUCUUUCCUUGAUCCAAGUGUCUGUCUUAUUCACCCUCAUGAACUUCUGUCAGUGGCUGCAGGCUCAUAGGCUUCCUGGCCUCCCCUCUUUCCCCAUGAGGAGCCAGAGCUCUGGUGGACCAGGCCUUGCAUGUGCUCUGCCCAAGGCCACUGUCUCAUGGCCCCACAGAACCACCUCCUCUUGCCAGAUAAUGUUCCCCCCUGCUCUCCCACUGGGCCCCGCAGAGAAAGCCUGUGGAAGAAUUACACCCAAAACCCCGAUUCUCAGCUCUCCUGUCUGGCAGAGCUCUUGAGCUGGGUUGCUCUGCCUACAGAGGGCUUUAGUGGACUCUAGCAGCAUCGCAAGCUGAUGGGCAGUAUCAUGAGCCUGGUAGAGCCAGUGAAGUUAAAACUUUCCAGUCCUUGGAAGCAGGGGGGAGAUGUUUAUCACUCGAUGACUUUAUUUGGCGUAGGGGGUGUUGCUUUUCUCACUCUCCCUUUCACCAACCCCAGACGUGAACUGAGACUGUCAGUCAUUGUUAGUAGCCAAGGUCAGAACAUGCAGGGCAGCCUGCAAUUAGUGAGACACGUGGUUUCCUUGAAGUCUUUAUCAAAACUAGAUUAUUUCAGCCUACAGAAGCCUUCCAGAGCAGCUUCCAUGCCUGGAUAAAUCCAGAUCUCAUUGUUUUUUCAGACUGGGCCCUCUCACCUCGGCCCAGCCUUCCUUCACUUGCAGCUUUUUGUCCUUUGGAGGGAGGAAUAUAGCCUGCCAAUACUAUAUUCUCAAUCUGAGGGAAAUAUCAGGUCAGAACAAACUAGCUAUAGUCAUUCAGUUGAAAAUUAUUGCAGAUUACAGUCUUCUCUGAAAGUUCACCCCUGUGAAAGUAAUUCAAUCAGUGCCAUCCCAUUCUGAAAGCCUUUGGAAAAUAGGCUUUUCUUGGUGUGGCAAAAAAAGGGGCGGGGGGCGGUGAAAACAAACUGAGAGCCCUUGGCCACUUUCUCAGUUAAAGUUAGAUUCCUGAGCUAUCUUCCUGUUGCUCCCUGUGUCAUGCCCACCUUAAGUACACCCAGAUCCUUCAAAUCAUCACAACCACACUUUCCCCUCCUGGACACCAGUGUCCCUACUGCUCUCUGGAUGCCAGAAAGACCACGAAAAGGCCUGUGAUGUCUUCAAGAAACUUGUUUGCCUUUACAAGAAUCAUAAGUAGGCUCUAAACUAAAGGCUUUGGGGGUCACAUGCCACAAAAUGGAGUUUAACUGCUUGCUUACCUCUCCUGAAUGAGCAAUCUGGAACAGCAAAAAUGGAUUUUCAGCAGAGCAUCAAUCAACCUGUUUUUCAUAUGCCACAGUCCCCCCCCCCAGUUGCCUUUCUCUAUCCUGUAGGCAUUUCUUGGAUGUCAGGGCAAUAGGAUGUGAAUUUGUGUCUGGUCUAACGUCUUCAUUAUGAAUUGAACAGUGUAUGUUAACAUUUCAAUCUGUGUCUCACUUUGAGAUCUAUAUAUAUGUAUGAAAAUGUUGUUGUAGAGCCUCGAGGCUUUUGUGGAGCCCGGAGGCUUAACCUAAUUGCAGACUAAGCUACCAAGGGAGAGGGUCCGGCACACAGCGAUCUGCCUUUUCUCUCAGUAAGCACUCCCGACAGUGACUGGGAUGCACUUACCCAGCCUCCAGCCACUUCCCCAAAGCAAGGCUGGACACGUGCCGGGGUUGCUGCUGGUGUUACCACUUCCCCACCCUGCCUCCCAUCAUUCUAGGAGAGAAACGCCAGUCAACAUUUGCAAAAUGGGGAAGGACAAAUGUCAACAGACACUCUUCAGUAGGGCCCAAGGUGCGUGAUUUCAAAAGCCAAGUCUGCCAAGGAAAAGGUUUUCCUGGCGGUCACCCUUCCUGGAGGCACACUUGUGUUCACAAACCUGACCUCCAUGGUGGGGGCUUGUCUAGAGCACCCCGAAUAUCGUGGGAGGAAGAGGCUCCCUCCCCCUCCAGGGGCCCUCCUUUCCUUGACUCUGCUCUCAUACGAGAGAUUUGCUGGUCUCAGACGCCAGGGAGGGGCCAGGCCUGAGGAGCAGAGCCAGAUGAAGACUACCAUCGUUAGGGUGGGGGCUCUGGCAGACUCCCCCUAACUCACCCUCUAUCCCCACCUCAGGGUAUGUUAUUUUUAAUGUGGGCCAAUGUCCCUUUUUAUGAGGUUUUAUGGUAAUAAAUUAUCUGUAUGGCUAUUUUC